AUGAGUUGGGACGACGAAGAUUUUGAUAUUCCAUCUAAUAGUAAAAAAACCGUUGCUGCAUCUUGGGAAGAUGAGGAAGAUGAUGGUCCAGUCUUAGAAUCAUGGGAUGUCGAUCCUGAAGAAGAAGAAAAGAAGAAAAAGGAAGCAAAAUUGCAAGAGGCUAAAAGAAAAGCUGAAUUAAAAGCCAAAGAGGAUGCCGAAAAGGCGAAAAAAGACGCCAAAAGAAAAGAAUUAGAGCAAUUUGAUCAAUUAGAUGAAAGAACUCGUAAGGAAUUGUUGAAAAAAGCUGAAUUGAAUGCCGAUUUGAACAAUGCUGCUGAUUUGUUUGGAGGAUUGGGCGUCGCCGACGAUAAUGACGAUGAUGAUUUCGAUAUCAAUGAACAUCCAAGAGAAAGAAUAACCAAACAACAAUUAGCUGCUGCUGCUGCUAGUAAGAGACCAGCAUUAACUAAGGAUACACCUUUGGAAGAACAUCCAUUGUUUCAACCUACAAACAAACAAGAAUAUGAAAAAUUAAGAAAGACUGUUGGUACUUCAUUGACAAGAUUAAAUGAAGACUCUUCGUUGUUAUAUGCAUCUAGUUUGGCCGUUGAUUUGAUAAGAGACUUGUCACAGCCAUUAUCAGUGGAAAACCUUAGGAAAGUCAUAAGCACAUUAAAUGUGGUGAUCAAAGACAAAGAAAGACAAGAAAGACAAGCAAGAUUAAAGAAGGCUGGUGGUACUGCUACUGGUGGGGCCGGUAAGAAGAAGGCCAAGCCUCUUGCCAGACCAAAUGUGGGUGGCGGGUUCAAAAAGGAUGCCUUUGAUGAUAUGGAUGAUGGUCAAUUUGAUGAUUUAGAUGACGAUGAUUUUAUGUAA